UUUUCAUUUCCAUUACUACUUUUUACUUUUUAUUACCUAUUAAACGGCCGCUGGUUAUUUGUUGUACACAAUGUUAAUCUGAUUUUAAUUCUCUGGAAACUGAACAAAUAGCUAUGUAAUCAGAAAGAUCCAACCAAAACUAGAAGCUUUCUUUUCUAAUCUGUCAAUGUCUGUGAAAGAUUCAAUUCCUCAGCAAAUUGUGGUGGAAGAAUGGACUGGUUCUUCCCCAUCAAAACUCUCUAUUACAGCUAUUAUUUCCUCUACCCCUUCUAUUUCAAUCAAAAGGUUUGAUAGUCGCUUCAAGUUGAUCCGAAGACAAAUUCUCAGUGCCUUUGUUCCUGAGGGGUUUCCUAGUAGUGUGACUCCGGAUUAUGUACCUUUUCAAAUAUGGGAUUCACUACAGGGCUUAUCGACGUAUAUUCGGAUGAUGCUUUCAACUCAGGCUCUUUUGAGUGCUAUUGGAGUUGGUGAGAAAUCUGCCACAGUGAUUGGGGCUACUUUUCAGUGGUUCUUGAGAGAUUUAUCAGGGAUGCUAGGAGGAAUCUUGUUUGCGUUUUAUCAGGGAUCAAAUUUGGAUAGUAAUGCAAAAAUGUGGCGUUUGGUUGCAGAUUUAAUGAAUGAUCUUGGAAUGCUGAUGGAUCUUAUUUCACCCUUGUUUCCUUCAGCCUUUGUGUUCAUUCUUUGCUUGGGAAGUCUCUCACGGUCGUUCACUGGUGUUGCCAGUGGAGCUACUAGAGCUGCUUUGACACAGCAUUUUGCGCUCCAGGACAAUGCUGCAGACAUAUCUGCAAAGGAAGGAAGCCAAGAGACGGUGGCUACAAUGGCUGGAAUGGCAUUAGGAAUGCUACUUGCUCAUGUUACAAGAGGACACUCUCUCGCAAUUUGGUUCUCCUUUUUGUCAUUGACUAUGUUUCAUAUGUAUGCAAACUACAAGGCUGUACAUUGUCUUUCAUUGAACUCAUUAAACGGUGAACGGAGCUCUGUCAUUCUACAACGUUUCAUGGAGACUGGUCAAGUGCUUUCAGCCGAAAAGGUUUCACUGGAAGAGCAUGUUUUACCUUUGUGGUUGAAUCCAUGGAGUUCUGGAAAGUUCAAAUGUUUGAACAGUCGUAUACUGUUGGGCGCAAAGGUCUCUUCUUUUAAUCAUACAGAAAUGAUGGACCUUUUUCGUUGUGCAGAAUCUUAUUAUAAGAAAGCAAAGUAUUUACUGCUGGAGAAAAAGGGGAUGAUCAGUAUCAUCAUCCAUAAAGACUCAACACCUGCAGAAAUCUUGCAGUCCUACAUGCAUGCACUCGUAAUGGCAAAUCUUUCUGACAGAAGCUCAUUGGGGCAUAUCGAAAGUUGUUCAUGGAUGGAAAAAUAUUAUGCGGAUUUCAUAAAGAAGCUACAAUCAUCAGGUUGGAAGACAGAAAGACUAUUAUCGAAUGCUGUUGUUUGGAGGGCGAACUGGUUAAUUGGGUCUUUAGAUAAUAAGACCGAAUAGAAACCUACAUUAUUAUAGGAAAACACCCAUGCCAUGAUGAGAUGGACAAAAGACACUCUAUGCAAGUAUGUAAAAGUUUGGCCAAGCAAAAAAACAAUAGUUGAGAAAGAAAAGAAAUUCAACUAAGGGUCUUCAAAAUACCAUCAUAAUCAUCAAGACAUGUAAUUUGAAUUUUUCAAUGGGUGAUAUAAAUUGAGUUUGUCAGCUUCGAUUUGAAUAGUCACAUGCCCAAAUUUGAUCUGUUAUGAAGGAUUUAUGACGUUGUUAAGUUGAGAUGUAAAGCAUGGGCGCCUGAUUCAACUUAUAGCGUUUGAUUCGAUCUAACAGCCCAAAACUCCUCCCUGCCUGUCCAAAGAUUGUGCUAAGCGCCUAAGCGGGCUAGUGUUUGGGCUGAUCUAGUUGGAACAUAAGAUAAAUUUUCUUGGCUUUUUGAAGCUUCUUUUUUCUCCAAUCACUUUUUCCUUAUUCGCCUACUAUUCCCCAAUUUGUCCCUACACUUCUUUAUCCCAUGAUAAAAACUCCUUAUCAACAUUAUAUUUAGGCAUUCUUGGGAAGGGAUUUUUUUUUUGAGUUAUGGCAUUUGGGAGGAUAAUUGAGGAUUUGUUGAGUAAGUGGAGCAAUUACAUGAGAGCCUAAAGCACUAUAUUAAGGAGUCUUUACCUUUUGAGAUUUUAUUUAGAUCUCCAAUUUCUAAGUAAGUUUUUCUUAGUAUGGUACUUUGUAGAAAUUUUUUAAUGUCCAUUAGGUUGUUAUUAUUAAAUAGUAGUGAUAAAUUAUAGUGUAAAUUUUCAUCAAAUGCAGUACGUCAUUUCUAUGGUGAUUUUGAUCAUAGAAAAAUAAAUUUGUGAUACAUUAGAAUGAAUAUACAAAAGAAAAUGAGAUGAUCGAAAUAAAACAAGCAAAACCAACUUGAAAA